UGCAUUUGAUAAAAAUAACAUAAGAUAAUUUUCAUAUAUCACAAGUAAAACCCUUUGACGCUCAGCAAAGCGAGCCUAAAUACCUAAUAUAUUAAACAGCUACGUAUAAAUUCCUGACCCUGCAAUGGUAAUUUCCAUCGACCAAUUGUCUUUUUAUCGAUUUAUCGAGACGUUUAAACAAAUCGCUCAUUUCAACAGACCUGAUAAUAAUACUCAAACUCAAACUUAAGAAGCACCCUGCUUUAGUUCACUAUUAUACUACUAUGUAUUAGAAAUAAAUAACAGUUACAGUACAGUCCCAAACAAUAUGGCUUACGUAACUGUCGUGUUUGCUUAUAUCAGUGGGUUCUUUAUUAUUGCUAUUAUUGCGAAUUCCAAUGAUGUUUUGCUAAAUGGAGAUUAUGAAUUUAUUGAUUUGACUUAUCCAUUUGAUAAAAAUACAGUAUACUGGACGGAUUCACAAGAGUUUAAGUUCACAAAAAAAAUUGGUGUCUUUGAUGAUGAUGGCUUUUGGUACGCAACCAACGAUUUUUCGGCUGGUGAGCAUGGUGGCACACAUAUUGAUGCGCCAAAUCAUUUCAAAGUAGAUGGCAAAUAUGUAGGAGAUAUAACCCUAGACAAGUUGAUCGUACCACUUAUAAUAGUCGACGUAAGUUCGAAGGUCAAUGACGAUCCAGAUUUCGAAUUGUACAAGCAUGAUAUGGAUUACAUGCUUAAUGAUAAUAUGGGAAAACCUUGUUUUAUAGUAUUUAAAUAUGGUUGGAGUAAGUUUGCGAACGAUAAAAAUAAAUAUUUAGGUACAAGAAAGAAUAAUACUUUCAACUUUCCAGGUAUGAGUGGAGAAGUGGCGCAAUGGAUAACAUCAUCAUAUAAAAAUGUAGUAGGAGUUGGUGUAGACACGGCAUCAGUAGACAAAGGUUCUACUACCGAUUUUCCCGUACAUAAAGCCUUUGCUCAAGCUGACUUAUUUAUGGUUGAAAACGUGAAGCUAGAUUUGCCUGUGCCUGAAUACGGUUGUACUGCAUUGAUAUUGCCAAUGAAGAUUGCUAAGGGCACUGGAGCUCCAUUGCGCUUGGUAGCUAUUUGUCCUAAAAGGUCAUCAUAAUUUGGAAAUAUAUAUAUUUAUAUAUUCUGAUCCAAUUUACAGCUAAAAUUACACGAGCAAUUUGUUCUUGAUUUAUUUUUUUAACUUUUAUUAUUUAUUAAAUGUGUACAAUUUUUAGAACCUUAUUUUAACCUAGUUAUAGUGUCACAUUAAUGUAAUUACUAGAAAAAAUAUUGGUUAUAUUAAAAUUAAUAAUAAUGACUAAAAAGAAACGUAUAUAUGUACACAUACACUUACGUACGUACACACGUACGUAAGGUAUAUGUAUAUGUAGUGGUGGAAUCGAACACUUUGUUUUCAUAUAUUAAAUUUAUUAAAUAAUUACCUUAAUAAAAA